AUGACGAAUCCUGGAAAGAAGGUGUUGCUGACCUCCAAUGGCGACGAAAUUUCGCUCAACAUUGCACGCCAUUUAGCUCAGCGUGGUUGCCGGUUGGUGUUGAUGGGGAAUGAGGAUCAAUUGAGGAGUGAAGCGGAGAAGAUAAAGAGAUCUCUAGACGGCGUCGUAACGGUGGAGGUGGUGGGUUUAGAUAUGGAUGAAUCUAGAGAGUCCGUUUUUGAUGAAGCGGUAGAUAAAGCAUGGAGGACUCUGGGGAAUUUGGAUGCUUUGGUUAACUGCUAUUCCUAUGAAGGGAAAAUUGAAGAUCCUCUGUGUUUAGUUGAAGAUGAGUUCAAAAAGAUUGUUAAAAUCAAUUUCAUGGGUGCAUGGUAUCUUUUGAAAGCUGUUGGUCAAAGAAUGCGGGAUCAAAAAUCUGGGGGAUCCAUUGUUUUUUUGACCUCAAUAAUUGGGACUGAAAGAGGCAUAUAUCAAGGAGCUGCAGCAUAUGGUUCAUGUUUGGCUGGAGUCCAGCAGCUUGUAAGGACAGCUGCAAUGGAGAUAGGGAAAUAUCAUAUAAGGGUUAAUGGAAUAGCUCGUGGUUUGCAUCUCAACGAUGAGUUCCCUAUAUCAGUGGGGAAGGACAGGGCAGAGAAAUUGGUGAAGGAAGCAGCACCAUUGCAUCGAUGGCUUGAUGUUGAAAAAGAUCUAGCGUCGACUGUCAUUUACUUAAUCAGUGACAGUUCAAGAUAUCUGACAGGGACUACCAUAUUUGUUGAUGGUGCACAAUCUCUGGUACAUAUCAUGGUGCAACUCCUUGGAAGCUAUGACAAUAUUUCCAGUCACCCCAUUGUAGUGCUUACAGACCAGCCACUCAGACAGAUACUUCAGAAGCCGGACAUUUCAGGAAGAUUGCUGAAAGCUCACCCCAAGGCCUCGAGGGCCAGGGGACAGCCCGACCACCAUGGAGAUGUUUGGGAAAGAUUUGUUGAUGGAGCAUCUAACUCCUUGGGCUCGGGUGCAGGGGUCAUUAUCAGCAGUCCGAACAAACUAACUGAAAUUCAAUGUGCACUCAGGUUCGAAUUUGAGGCUACCAAAGAUGAGGCUGAAUAUAAGGUUGUGGUCAUUGCCCUUGAACUUGCUAAUAGCUUGGGAAUUGUACACGUCAAGCUCUUUAAAGAUUCACAACUUGUGAGACGAUUUAAGGAUUGUGAAAUUCUGAAGAUUGCCCGGGCUGACAAUGGUAAGGCGGACGCGUUAUUAAGACUGGUAUUCAUGGGGGUAGAAGGACUUGAUAAAAUCGUGCACAUCAAAACGGUAACAGAGCCUAACGUAGGUCGGGAAAUGAGUAUCAUCGACAUUGAUCAUGAGCCCUCGUGGAUGGACCCCAUAGUUGAAUUCAUAACUAAUGGAAACCUCCCCGAGGAUCCUAAAGAAGCUAGGGGCGUUCGAUUUAGAACACCCAGAUACUGUAUCAUCGAAAGAGUCCUCUUUCGCAGGACUUUUACACUUCCAUAUCUCAGGUGCCUCAGGGCCUCCGAAUCAGCACAGGCUCUAGCAGAAGUUCACGAAGAAAUAUGUGGGCAUCAUCAAGGAGCUAGAGCUCUGGCCUUCAAACUCAUAAGCCACUAUCCCAUUCGAAGUCAGCCUUCCAUCAUUGAGACGUCUGGAUCACAGCACCGGGGAACACACGACGGAGCACUUGACAUUUUCGAGGAGGUGCACGAGCAAGCCGCCCUACAAGCUGCCUCAUACCAAAACAACACAGCAAAAUAUUUUAAUAGCAAGGUCAAACCCAGAAGGUUUAGGGUUGGGGAUCUAGUGCUCAAGAAGGCCGAAACUGCAGGCCAUGGCCCAGGCACCAUCGAGAUAUAUUAUGGGCAUGAUCUCACAAAAGACCUGUCACGAGCAGGCACCAUCGAGAUAUGCUAUGGGCAUGCUCUCCCAAAAGACCUGUCGCGAGCAGGUACUAUCGAGACAUGCUACGGGCAUGAUCUCACAAAAGACUUGUUACGAGCAGGCACCGUCGAGAUAUGCUACGAACAUGAUCUCACAAAAGACCUGUCACGAGCAAGCACCAUCUAG